GCCCAGCUGGUGGAGGUCACGUGAUCGCAUUUGUUGUGUCCGCACCGCACGGCCGCUGCGCUGCAAUGUCAUCAUCUUCAUUCUUAUCACUAUUAUCGUCCUAAUGAGUGAUAUUUCCCGACUGAAUUCAUCCGUGACCGAGCCGAGCUGAGCGCGAACAUUAAUCCAAUGCUUUCCGACUGAAAGAGACGACAUUCGAGCCCUAUGCAGGACAGAUAGACGAGUGUAAGGUUGUGAAGGUCUGUAAAUCUAAAAAUGGCUGUGUGGCGACAGUUCGGAUUGCUUCUGUGGAAGAACUAUAUUCAGCAAAAGCGUCAGAUCCUGGUGAUGCUGGUGGAGAUGUCACUGCCGCUGCUCUUCUCAGCCAUCCUGAUCGUCCUGCGGCAGAAUGUGUCAGUCACUAACUACCCUAAUGCAACACACUACGGUAGCUUCGCUUUGAGUGACCUUCCGCGCAUACUGUGCUUAGAGGACCUGCAGCUGGCCUACGUGCCCGCGAACGCCAGCGUGGUGCGGCAGAUCGCAGAGGACACCCGGCGGAGCCUGGGAGGCUGCGUCAGAACCGUCCGUGGCUUUGAAACAGAGGAGCAGUUUGAGGAGUUUGUGAAAACUGACCCACAAUCAGGCAAGAUCUUGGCAGCCAUUGUGUUUGAACAUCCUUUCAGCCACGACGAUGAGCCUCUUCCUCUGCAGGUCAGCUAUCAUCUGCGCUUCACGUACAGUCCCAGAAACGCUCCGGCUCGCGAGAAGUCCGAGCUCAACCCCAACUAUGAUAUGGACUGGCACACGCUCAGCUUGUUCCCGCUGUUCCAGCUGCCCGGGCCCAGAGAACAACACGAGCCAUACGGCGGCACACCAGGAUAUUACCGCGAGGGCUUCCUGCAGGUGCAGCACUCGGUGGACCGAGCCAUCAUGAAGGCCUACAACAGUACGAAAGCGGCGACCCUCUUCAAGCAAACGCAAGUACUGCUUUCCCGCUUCCCUUACCCAGCGUUCAUCUAUGACGUCUUCAUCCUGGCCAUCCAGAACCAGCUGCCCCUGCUGCUAGUGCUCAGCUUCACCUACACGUCUCUAAAUAUCGUCCGUGCCGUGGUCCAGGAGAAGGAGAGGAAACUAAAGGAGUACAUGCGAAUGAUGGGUCUCAGUAACUGGUUGCACUGGAGCGCCUGGUUCCUCAUGUUUUUCCUCUUCCUUUCCAUCUCCAUCUUCUUUGUCACUGUACUCCUCUGCGUCCAGGUGAGUCCUAACGGAGCGGUGUUGACCUACAGUGACCCCACGCUGGUGUUUUUCUUCCUGCUGGUGUUUGCCACAACUACCAUUAACUUCAACUUCAUGAUCAGCGUGUUCUUCUCCAGAGCGAAUGUGGCCGCAGCAGCAGGCGGCUUCAUCUACUUCUUUAGCUACCUGCCGUACGUCUUCCUGUGGCCGCGCUAUGACCUGCUAUCACAUGCCCAGAAAGUCUCCGCCUGCCUCAUCUCCAAUGUGGCCAUGGCUAUGGGAGCCCAGCUGAUCGGCAUGUUUGAGGGCAAAGGCACGGGCAUCCAGUGGAGUAACGUGUUUGAUCCGGUAACGGUGGACGAUGACUUCUCGCUGGCCCAGGUGAUCGGACUGCUGCUGCUAGACGCUGUGCUGUACGCUCUGGUCGCCUGGUACGUGGAAGCGGUGUUUCCGGGAGAGUAUGGUGUCCCUCGUCCAUGGUACUUCUUCAUGCUGCCCUCGUACUGGUGCAGCAGCCCUCGUGUGGCCUUUCUGAAGGAGAAGGAGGAUGAUGAGGAUGCUGAGAAGGCGACGAGGGAAUUUAUUGAAGAGGAGCCAGCUGGACUGGUCUCGGGGGUCAAGAUCAAACAUUUGGCUAAGGUCUUCAAAGUGGGCAAUAAGACCAAGGAGGCGGUGAGGGAUUUAACGCUCAACAUGUUCGAAAGCCAGAUCACUGUCCUGCUGGGUCACAACGGAGCGGGCAAGACCACCACACUAUCAAUGCUGACAGGCCUUUUCCCUCCCAGCAGCGGCCGUGCGUACAUUAACGGUUAUGACAUAUGUCAGGAUAUGGCUCUGAUCCGCCGCAGCCUGGGUCUCUGUCCGCAGCAUGACGUGCUCUUCGACAACCUCACCGUCCGAGAACACCUGCUCUUCUACACACAGCUGAAGGGUUACCCUCGUGAAAAGAUCCCUGAUGAGGUUGACCGCAUCCUUCGGAUCCUAAAUUUGGAGGAUAAGCGUAAUGCGCGAUCCAAGACACUCUCUGGUGGGAUGAAGAGGAAGCUUUCCAUCGGCAUUGCUUUAAUCGGAGACUCAAAGGUGGUGAUGUUGGAUGAGCCCACCUCAGGAAUGGACCCUUCAGCCCGACGGGCCACCUGGGACCUGCUGCAGGGCGAGAAACAUGGCCGCACCAUCCUGCUCACCACGCACUUCAUGGACGAGGCCGACCUGCUGGGAGAUCGUAUCGCCAUCAUGGCAGGCGGGGAGCUCCAGUGCUGUGGCUCGCCGCUCUUCCUCAAGAACAAAUACGGUGCUGGUUACCACAUGGUUAUCGUAAAAGAUGCAUUUUGUAAUGUGUCUGAGAUCACCCGUCUAGUCCACAUGUAUGUGCCUGACGCAACUCUAGAGAGCAGUGCAGGCGCUGAACUCUCGUACAUACUGCCCAAAGAGAGCACCAGCCGGUUUGAGCUGCUGUUCGCUGAGCUGGAGAUGAAUCGAGACGAGCUGGGCAUCGCCAGCUAUGGGGCGUCCGUUACCACCAUGGAGGAGGUUUUUCUCAGGGUCGGGAAGCUUGUGGACUCCAGUUUGGAUAUUCAGGCCAUCCAGCUUCCGGCUCUGCAGUACCAGCAUGAACGGCGGUCCAAUGACUGGACCAUGGACGACUCCAGCAGCAUCAGCGGCAUGACCGACGUGACGGAUUUCACUGACAGCGGAACUAUGAUCUCAGAGGACUGCUCGAACAUCAAACUCAACACCGGGGCCAGACUCUAUAUGCAGCAGUUUUACGCUAUGUUCCUGAAGAGGGCGCUCUACAGCUGGCGCAACUGGAAAGUGAUGGUGGCUCAGUUUCUGGUGCCGCUCAUUUUCACCGUGGUGGCUCUGGUGGUGGCCCGCACCAUGCCUGGCAGCCAUAACUCCCCCCAGCUCCGUCUGGCAUUAAAGCAGUACGGCCCUACCCAGGUACCCGUGGCCUUAGAUGCCAACGCUGGGCCGUUGGCUGCAGCUCUGGCUGAGAUCUAUGCCGCACAGCUGCCUUCCCAAAAAGCCAUGCCUGCCACUAAUAUAACAGAUUUGUCAGAGUACGUACUAUAUAAUGCCAAGAGGGAGGGCGGAGCUUUCAACGAGCACUGUGUGGUGGGCGCGGCUUUCAAAGGCAGAUCCAGGAGGUACGCUGAGGUCAUCGGUUACUUCAACAACCAGGGCUAUCACACCCCUGCUACGGCGCUCAUGCUGGUUGACAACGCUCUCUACAAGCUACUGGCAGGACCCAACGCCUCCAUCCGCACUGGAAAUUACCCCAUGCCCCGCAACAUGUCCGAGGCAGCGCAAAGCCAGCUUUCUGAGGGUCAGACAGGCUUUGCCAUCGCCAUAAACCUCAUGUACGGCAUGGCGUCAUUAGCCAGCACCUUUUCCCUGCUCCACGUCUCUGAGCGGUCGGUGAAGUCCAAGCACUUGCAGCAGGUCAGCGGGGUCUACCUCUCCAACUUCUGGUUCUCCGCCCUGCUGUGGGACCUCAUCAACUUCCUGUUACCCUGCCUGUUAAUGCUGGUGGUCUUCCGAGUGUUUUCAGUAAAAGCGUUCGUGGCCGAAAACCACCUGGUGGAUGUUCUGCUGUUGCUGCUUCUGUAUGGCUGGGCGGUGAUUCCCCUUAUGUACCUGCUCAGCUUCCUGUUCUGCACGGCAGCCACAGCCUACACACGCCUCACCAUCUUCAACAUCAUCAGCGGCACCGCAACCUUCCUCGCGGUCACCAUCAUGACCAUACCUGAGCUGAAUCUGCAAGACCUCUCCUGUAUCCUGGAUAAAGUAUUCCUGAUCUUCCCGAAUUACUGCCUGGGCAUGUCCUUCAGUGAGUUCUACCAGAACUACGAGAUUAUCACCUUCUGCACCUCCAGCAUUUUUGCUGAGUACAUCUGCAAGUACUACAACAUCACGUAUCAAGUGAACUACUUUUCCAUUGACGAGCCUGGAGUGGGCCGCUUCCUGGUGGCCAUGUCCUUGCAGGGCGUCGUCUUCAUCGCCCUGCUCUUCCUCAUCGAGCUCCGGUGCAUCCGCGUGCUACUCAACCUCUGCAGGAGACGCAAGAAGGCUCUGAUGCUGGCAGAAGAAGCUCUUCAACCUGAGGACAGAGAUGUUGCUGAGGAGAGAAAGAGAGUUUUGGAGUGCCAGCCGGUGGUUGAGUCCAUGGUGGGCAGCCCGCUCAUUCUACAGGAGCUCAGCAAGAUAUAUUCAGGUGGUCAGUCGCUGUUAGCGGUGGACCGUUUGUCCCUGGCUGUUGGGAAGGGAGAGUGCUUUGGUUUGCUGGGAUUUAAUGGAGCAGGGAAGACUACGACAUUCAAAAUGCUGACGGGAGAUGAAAGCAUAAGUUCAGGGGAUGCCUUUAUUGAUGGCUACAGCAUCCUCCGAGAUGUGAAAAAGGUACAACAGAGAAUCGGCUAUUGUCCCCAGUUUGAUGCGGUGCUGGAUCACAUGACAGGGCGGGAAACCCUGAGCAUGUAUGCCAGACUGAGGGGCAUCCCAGAAAAAUAUAUCGCCGCCUGUGUAGAAAACGUCCUGCGCUCACUGCUAAUCGAACCACAUGCUGACAAACUCGUCCGCAGCUACAGUGGCGGCAAUAAGAGGAAGUUGAGUGCAGGCAUGGCUCUGAUCGGUGGACCACCUGUGAUCUUUCUGGACGAGCCGUCCACUGGCAUGGACCCUGUGGCCAGACGGCUGCUUUGGGAUGCAAUUACACGAACCAGAGAGUCUGGCAAAGCCAUCAUUAUAACCUCCCACAGUAUGGAGGAGUGCGAGGCGCUGUGUACUCGGCUGGCUGUCAUGGUGAACGGCCAGUUCAAAUGUUUGGGCAGCCCACAGCAUCUGAAGAGCAAGUUUGGGAGCGGUUACACACUGCUGGCAAAAGUUCGCGUGGAGACAGAGUUAGCGGAGAUGGACCUUCAGCUCUUCAAAGACUUCAUUGAAAACACCUUUCCAGGAAGUUCAUUGAAGGAUGAACACCAGGGGAUGGUCCACUAUCACCUGACUGACAAAACCCUUACCUGGGCACAGGUGUUCGGAGUCCUAGAAACAGCCAAAGAGAAGUACGGCAUCGAGGACUAUUGCGUCAGCCAGAUCUCACUGGAGCAGGUGUUUCUUGGCUUCGCCCAGUUCCAGCACUGCGCUGAGGCCUGCAGGAAAUGACACGCUGAAGCACAGAGGGGAUGACGCUCCUUGAGUUGUUCUUCACCUGCUGAGUAGAAGGUACAUCCUGGGCCGACUGACUCUCCGUCAGACAGUGGACAUUGCUCGGGUGUCUCUCUUCACUUACACAUUUCUGACAUGAUCAUACAUGCAUAACACACACUUCCGGACUCAAACACUGUGUCGCACGGCGGCAGGACCACUAACGCAAGAUCUUGGGUAACCGUAUACAGUGUUUAUUUAACAUCUGUCUGUGCGUUUGCGAGCGGUUUGAGUUUCGACGGGAAGUUCCGUCACACUCUUUGAAUUUUAAUCGGUGGGUCUCCGCACCGCUCGCCCGAAAGGAAGUGGUGUUUGUUCAUCAUCUGUGAGCGUGACAGACGAGAUGUGUCAUGUGUGCACUUUUGUACGAUUACUGUUAUUUAUGAAUGACUUUUUUUGUUUGUUUCUCUUCACCUGUUUUCUAUUGUGGUCUUAAGGCUAAAGGUACACGCACUUCGCCCCCUUUCUACUCAAAAAAGGGCGAAAUAUUGAAAAAUGCAAUGUCCAAAACAUAAUGUGAAAGUCUAAACAAAAAAUGCUGCUUCUUUGGGUUUGCAAUGUUAUAAAAUAUUACAGGAAAAGUUAGUGAAUAUAAAAUUAAACAUUUUAUAGAAUAGCUUUAGGUCAUUUAUAGAAUUUAUACAAUAGCUUUAUCCCCCUUAUCUAGGCAUUUAUAGUCAGUUAUUUGUGAUAUAUCAAUUCACCUUACAAAAAAAAAAAAAGGAAAUUAUUCUGAGUAAUAGACAGUUUAUGUUACGUAUGUCAAAAUAAAAGUCACUUUUCGCUGCUAAAAGUAACUAAUUUUUCAGUCAAAACAUGUUUGUGUUUUGAAAGAGACCACAAAUAUUUUAAGUCUUUCUCUCUUCACAUUUCCAGCUAUGAUUUUUACCAGAUUGUGAUGAAUAGAGAUUUUUUUUUUUUUUUUUUUUUGAAUAGUGCAACAUGGGCUAUGUGUAAUUCCGCAGAUGAGCACUAGAGGGCGUACAGUGCACUUUUUUUUUUUUUUUUUUUAUGUCUGCAUCAAACUGAAUGUCUUUAGAUACACUAAAUGUUCGCUUGUAUGAUGAGAGUCUGUCAAAGAGCAAAAACCGCAACAUUUACAGAAACUUUAGUUUGUUACUGUGGUUUGAAUUCAUCCUGCUGUGUUUUUUUGCACUAUACUGAUGUGGACCAAUUCAUUCGCUGACAGAAAGAUCCAUAAAAGAGCUCACUGAAGUAUCACAAAGCCAGAGGGAUUCAUUGGAGCAGCUGUCUGUAAAAUCAUUCUUGCGUACAUUUUUUGCAUUGAAUGUUUUUAUUUAACUACGAGAAAUUUGUUCUGCUAGUAUUUCAUACUAAGCUACUUUCUCCAUUGCAUUCCACAUUAUGCUAUUUAAGGACGUCAACAAAUCUUUGUUCAACGUGAUUCUACAUUCAAAGUAAAGCAGACCUUACUGACACGGUCCACGUUUCCGUCCAGAUUCACGUUAACUGAAUGUACUUUCAUAGCGAAUGAAGAAAACACGGGCUCAUUUGUCACCUUAACCUUGUACACACUGACAUACUAUAGAUAAAACAGGGCUUGAAAGUGACUGACUACAAAAAGUUUCUUUUCUUUGUUUUGUGUCGUUUACUGGUCUGUUUUGCACAGUGCUCUGGCUGUCGUGUCUGAACUGCUUGUUUGAAACUGAAAUAUUGCAUUUUGAGAAUCGAGAAAGCAAACUUGAGAAUGUUAAUGAUGACAAUGUUGAUUAAAAAUGGUAAAAAAAUAUAUACCAUAAUGCAAAAAGGGAAUUUACAUCAUUGUAAUCUUGUGUACUGUAUCACUAAAUUAACCUUGUGAGAAAUGUAAGUAUUGCCAUUUUUUCCUUUUUUAUUAAAUCUGCCUUAUGCAAAGGAA